AUGGCCGAAACGAACAGAAAGAUUGCCCUGAUCACUGGCGGCUCGCAGGGCAUCGGCGCCGCUACCGCCCGUUCUCUUGUCCAGAAGGGAUACUUCGCUGUCAUCAACUACUCCUCCAACACCACUGCGGCUGAAAGCCUUGUUGCUGAACUCGGGGCCGACAAUGCUGUCGCUAUCAAAGCCGACGCCAGCCUUGUAUCGGACACUGUGUCUUUGGUCGAUACUGUCGUUUCGAAGUACGGCCAGAUUCACGCCUUGAUCUGCAGUGCCGGAAGACUGGGACUGCAAGACAUCUCCGAGACCACCGAGGCCGGCUUCGACUCUCUCUUCGCGAUCAACGUGAAGGGACCCUAUUUCCUUGCUCAGAGAGCUGCUCCGCACAUGCCUCCAGGUUCGCAUAUCGUCUUCCUGUCAACGACGCAGUGCCAUGCCAGCACUGUUACGCCUGAAUACAUUUUGUACGUCAUGACCAAGGGAGCCCUCGAGCAGAUGGUGCGUGUUCUGGCCAAGACACUUGGUCCAAAGGGUGUCUUCGUAAACGCUAUCGCACCAGGCCCAACUGCCACAGACAUGUUCUUGAACAGUGGCAGACCACAAGCAGUGCUUGACAAGAUUGCGAGCUUCAGUCCUCACAAUCGCAUUGGCGACCCGAAAGAUGUGGCAGACGCUAUCGUGUUCUUGACCCAGAAUCAGUGGGUGUCUGGUCAGGUUGUGAAGGUGAAUGGUGGAAUGGCUUGA